AUGGACCUAGCUGCAUGUGAGGUCUCACAGCAUAAAAUUCUCAAAAUAAUCAAGGUUGUACUUGAAAUGGCUGAUGUUCAAGCUGAGGGAAGCUUUUAUUGCCAUUCAGUUCCUAGGAUUAUCAAGGAAGGCUAUGUUGAAUUAGGAAUGAAGGUGGUGCAUGAUAUUCAAGGAGCUGAUAGUUGGACAGGAAGUGGUGAUGAAACUACCCACAAACACAUUGAUUAUCUGUCAGAACACACAUAUAUUCAUACUGGAGAUCAACAUACACUUCUAACCUUGGCAUGCAUAUCACCACAGGAAAAGACGCUGUUGGUUGAAACCUUGCUCUCAAAGCUUAAAGGUUGGAGUACAGAUCAUGUAGAAAAUCAGAAGAAGUUCUUUUGUUUGCUCAAGGAGUGGAAGGACCAGGCAGAGUGGCAGCAAAGGGGUGCUGCAUAUAUUCAAGCAUAUUCUGAAGGUGAUUAUCUGAGCUCAGGCAACAAUUAUACUUCAGCCAAUAUUCAGGAAACUGCUGUAGCAAAUGCUGGAGGUCCUGAUGCUUGGAAUGCAUUAGAAGAGAGCCAGUGUGUUGAUCUUAUUAGCCAAUUGCUCAGUAAUCUUCAGUCCUCACUUGAAACCUCUCAAUUCCAGCUCUUUUUACCUGACAAGCAGAAAGAGGUUGAUGUGUUUAUUUGGGCAGGUUGUGGGAUAACAGUGAAGCAAAUCAAGCUUGCAUGGACUCUAAAUUCUUUGGCUGCUUCUCAGCAUGCCCUACUGGUCUCAAAUGGUGGUGCCAUCAAGUUAACUGUGCUUGCAGGCUCAGUUUUUAAUCAUCAUGACAGCAAGAAGGCUUGCCAUAUAUGCAUGUUAUUUGAGGCGAAGAGACCCAGAAAAUUGCUUGAGCUGAGUCCAUUCCACCAAGGUGUUAUAACAUUUCUAGAGACAACUAUUGAUGAUCCUGAUUGUGUUCUGAACCCUUCAUCAAGCUACUCAACUGCCACAUUGGAUGUAAAGCUUUGGGAGCAACCAGAUGUGUUCUAUGCAGUUUUAGCAAUGACUCCAAGCCUCCUUCACUUGCAAGAAGCAUUUGUAGCUUCUAUCUGA